AUGGUUUUAGAAGAUUUUGAUGAUAUUGAGUUUAAAAGAAACUUUCGAGUAUCAAAAGGAAUAUUUUCUAAACUUGAGGAAAUAUAUGAAAACUCGAAUAAUGUAAGCACAAAUAAUCAUGGUUUACCAUGUACUUCCACCGAGUCACAAAUUUUGCAGUUUCUUUGGUUUGCAGGAAACAAAUCUGUAAUUCGAGAUGUGGCUUCGAGAUUCGAUGUUGCUGAAUCUACAUGUCAUCUAAUAAUUAAUAAUAUUAUUGAUUUUUUAAAUGACAUUUCAAGUCAAGUAAUUAAAUUCCCAAAAACUGAAGAAGAAAAAGCAGCAAUUGCUGAAAAGUUUCAGGAGAUUGCCGGAUUUCCAGGAAUUAUUGGUGCCAUAAAUGGAAGCUAUAUAACAAUAAGAACACCAGCUCAUAAAGUUAAAAGCACUUAUGUUAACCGACACGACCAAACUGCAUUAACCUUACAAGGAGUGUCAGGAAAAGUUCAUGUUUCUAGUCUAUUUAAAAUGUCAUUCAUUUAUAACGAAAUACGCACAAUUUGUGGUGAAAAUUGGCAUUUAAUAGGCGAUGCAGCCUAUGGAAUUAAAAAGUGGCUGUUAGUUCCUUAUCGUGAUUAUGGAAAUUUGUCAGAGGAAGAAAAGAAAAAAUAUUAG